AUGUUGAGGCAUUGGGGGUUUGCUGUGUUCCUGUUAACCAUCCCAAUACCAGUCCAACCCAGACCCACUAAUGUUCUCGGCAGCAGACAGAAGCGUUCAGUCGGUCACGCACAGAUGAUGCAUGACAGGGGUCGAUCCCUGCAUGACCGGAAGAGACGUAUGUGGAUACAGGAGCUGCUUGAGCAGGUGCACACGGCUCAGGCAUGGGACUCCCCCAAUCAGAGCGAAGGAAGCGUCCAGACCCCGCUGUGGUCCACCGCACACCGGCCCAAACCCAUCAGCAGCACCAAAAACUUCCCCUUGAGCUUUCACCUGGAGACCGUAGGGACGAGAGACAACCUACCACAAGAGACCAGCAAGACCCUGAGAUACGAGGAGCAGAAGAGGAAGAGGAAGAUGAGUUUGGGAAGAUGGAGAGACCUGGAUAGGAGGAGAGACAGGGGUGUGUGGCUUCCGUAUGCAAACACCGAUUAGAGACCAGUACAAGAGCCUGGAUAAGAAUGAAGGGACGGUCACACUGACAGUGAUUCGGAGCAACGGAAGUGACUCAGUCUGACAAAACGGAGCAGGCUUUAUGUAAAUGAACAGUGACAGAAUGUGUUAACAUGAUUUGCUGACUUAUAAAGUAGCAUCCGAGUUGCAAUGAGACUUUAGGCGACCUCCAGAGCACGCACCUUUAAAUUAUAAAGACUAUUUCACCUAGGCAUGGGAUACGAGGACUCUUCUGCAAAAAAAGUGACUAAAUCAUGGUUUAUUUUUCGUUCAGAAUAAAGGCUUUUAUUAGCCUCUAAACAAUUAACCAAACAAUCUUAGAGCUUCAUUUGAUAAGUAGAAAGCGCUUCAUAUACAAACCAGUUUGCAUUUGUUAUAAUCAGAGUUCCCUGUUUGAAAUGUUUUCAUUCAGUCAGACAUUUCAUGUGAUAUUUAAUUUAUUUGAUUGGAAUAUUUAUUCCCUGAAUGUAUCUCAAUGCUGCUGAUUUUGAUGAGAUUUUCAUAUGCACUUUAGAUAGUUAUGCUGGUCUACAUUCAGAUUUUUGGUAUUUUUCGAAAUUUAUUAUCCUGCUUUUCUUUUCUUUUAGUUAAUGUUCUGCUAUUUUCAAA